AACAAGUUCGACUAUUGAAGAACACUAACAAAGCUUCCUUCUUUCUUACUUUUUCUCAUCGCACAUACUCUAGAAAGAAAAACACAGAGCAACAAAGUCAUCUUACUUUCUCUGUUCUGCUGCUGUAAAAAAAAAGAUGCCUGCACGAAGAAGAGCCCUUUUAAAGGUCAUAAUCCUCGGCGACAGUGGGGUUGGGAAGACUUCUCUGAUGAACCAGUAUGUGAAUAAGAAGUUCAGUAAUCAGUAUAAAGCAACAAUUGGAGCUGAUUUCCUGACUAAGGAAGUUCAAUUUGAAGAUAGGCUUUUUACUCUACAGAUAUGGGACACGGCUGGGCAGGAAAGAUUCCAAAGCCUAGGCGUUGCCUUUUACCGUGGUGCAGACUGCUGUGUUCUUGUAUAUGAUGUUAAUGUUGCAAAGUCAUUUGAAAAUUUGAACAACUGGAGGGAAGAAUUUCUUAUUCAGGCUAGCCCAUCAGACCCAGACAACUUUCCCUUUGUUGUUUUGGGUAACAAGGUUGACGUGGACGGUGGAAACAGCAGAGUGGUGUCAGAGAAAAAGGCGCGAGCAUGGUGUGCAUCCAAGGGAAACAUUCCUUACUUUGAGACUUCAGCUAAAGAAGGCCUCAACGUAGAAGAAGCAUUUCAAGUCAUAGCAAAGAAUGCGCUGAAGAGCGAGGAAGAAGAAGAGAUAUACUUGCCGGACACUAUUGAUGUUACAGGCGGGAGUCAGCAGAGGUCCUCGGGAUGCGAGUGCUAGAGAACUUGUUCACCAUCUGAUUAUUUGUUGAGUGAGUUCGUCAAUUCAGUCUUGCUCCAGUAAAAAAAGAAGAAGAUGAAUUUAUAAGAGUUAGUGCUUUUCUUCCAUCUCAUUUCGUUUGUAUUUACUCAACUUGAACUAUAUAUUAGCGUCUGUUGCUACUUGAACCGAAAUAGUUCAUUACAAGUUUAGAACUGUGAACUGUUGCUUUGAAUGUGAUUGUUUUGUGAUUUCAAAGAGUUACUCAUGGUGAAUUCUCCUCUUUU